CCACACGCCUCCCCUCCGUCAGCUCCUACAAUGGUCUUUUCCAGCUCCGCUUAUCACAGCAGAAUUUGUAACAUGCCAUAAUUUCUUAACCGGUGCGUGUGGACCCCCGGAAAUCAGAUGUCAUUACCCGACCCGGCUAAUUUGGCGAUCGUUCCUGCUCUUUUGUUUUUUGACAAUGCCAGCGGCGGGGACCAGCCGCACCUUUAGGAUCGUAUCCUCGGCGUCGCUGGCUCUUUGCACUGAAGAAGCCUACUAGGAUUGUCCGCUUCAUGGUAUAGCUUGCACAGACUGCAGUUGUCAUUGAUCUGCGGCCAGAGCCUCUGCUGAUAGUAAAGGAACAAAUUCAGAGCAAAGAUGAUGUGUGAAGUGAUGCCCACGAUCAGCGAGGACACGGCGCUGAGCCAGCGCGGCUCUCAGAGCAGCGCCUCAGACCCGGACUCACAUUUUGAGCAGCUUAUGGUUAAUAUGCUGGACGAACGGGACCGGCUGUUGGACACAUUGAGGGAAACCCAGGAGAGCCUCGGUCUGGCCCAGCAGCAUCUACAGGAUGUCAUCUAUGACAGAGACUCGCUGCAGCGGCAGCUCAGCUCCGCCCUGCCACAGGAGUUUGCAGCACUAACCAAGGAGCUGAACGCCUGCAGGGAACAGCUGCUGGAGAAAGAGGAAGAGAUAUCUGAGCUCAAAGCCGAGAGGAACAACACCAGGUUACUGCUGGAACAUCUUGAGUGCCUGGUGUCCAGACACGAGCGGUCACUUCGUAUGACUGUGGUCAAGAGGCAGGCUCAGUCUCCUUCAGGGGUCUCCAGUGAGGUCGAAGUUCUUAAAGCACUCAAAUCCUUGUUUGAACACCAUAAAGCCCUAGAUGAGAAGGUAAGAGAAAGACUACGAGUGUCACUGGAGAGGGUGUCUGCCUUGGAGGAGGAGCUCACAGCAGCCAAUCAGGAGAUUGUGGCCUUACGGGAACAGAAUGCUCACAUCCAGAGAAAAGUGGCAUCAGGUGAGGGAGGAGAGGACAUUUUGGAGGGCAGUGAAGCUCAACAGAAGGUCCAUGGCAAGCGUCUGUCCAAUGGCUCUCUGGAGCCGGCCCAUGAGGCGAGUCAGGUGGUCGAGCUGCAGGACCUGCUGGAGAAGCAGAACUACGAGUUGGCCCAGAUGAAGGAGCGCAUGUCCUCCCUCUCCUCCCGGGUUUCCGAGGUGGAGCAGGAGCUCGAGACCGCCCGCAAGGACCUCAUCAAGUCAGAGGAGAUGAACAACAAGUACCAGAGGGACAUCAAAGAGGCCAUGUGUCAGAAAGAAGACAUGGAGGAACGGAUUGUCACGCUGGAGAAACGUUACCUGAGUGCCCAAAGAGAAGCCACCUCUGUGCAUGACAUCAAUGACAAACUGGAGAACGAGUUGGCCAAUAAGGAGGCAUUCCUCAGACAGAUGGAGGAGAAGAACAGACAACUACAGGAGAGGUUGGAGCUUGCAGAACAGAAACUCCAGCAGACCAUGAGGAAGGCUGAGACACUCCCGGAGGUGGAGGCUGAACUAGCCCAGAGGAUAGCAGCUCUCACCAAGGCGGAAGAGCGUCACGGGAGCAUUGAGGAGCGAAUGAGGCACUUGGAAUGCCAGCUGGAGGAGAAGAACCAGGAGCUGCUGAGGGCUCGGCAGAGGGAAAAGAUGAAUGAAGAGCACAAUAAGCGACUCUCAGACACAGUGGACAGACUCCUCACUGAGUCCAACGAGCGACUUCAGCUCCACCUGAAGGAGAGAAUGGCAGCUCUAGAAGAGAAGAAUAUGCUAAUCCAAGACUCGGAAACUUACAGAAAACAGUACGAGGAGUCAAUCCAAGAAAAAUCACAGCUGGCAGAGGAUAUUGAGAAACUGAGAUCAGAGCUCGACCAAUUCAGAUUGAGGGCAGGCUCCCUCACAGAACCCACGCUGUCACGAUCCCAUCUGGACACAUCAGCCGAGCUUCGAUUCUCUUUGGGAUCUCUGGCUGAAACCCAGUCGGACCACUACCGCUCAGCAAAGGUCAUCCAUCGACAAAGGAGAGGUCGAAUAGGUCUGCGAGAAACCAAGGCAAAGUCACUGGGGGAGCCUGAAUGGCGCUCACAGCAGUUGGGGGUCCUGGGAGGCCACCACUUUGAGAGCGACACGGAAAUGUCUGACAUUGACGACGACGAUAGGGAGACGUUGUUCAGCUCCAUGGACCUGCUGUCUCCCAGUGGUCACUCCGAUGCACAAACUCUGGCCAUGAUGCUUCAGGAGCAGCUGGACGCAAUCAACAAGGAGAUCCGGCUAAUCCAGGAAGAGAAGGAGUCAACAGAGCUGCGGGCAGAGGAGAUUGAGAACCGAGUGGCCAGCGUUAGCCUCGAGGGUCUAAACCUGGCUCGAAUGCACCACCACGGAGCCUCCAUUACUGCCUCAGCAACUGCCUCCUCGCUUGCCUCCUCUUCUCCACCCAGCGGACACUCCACACCUAAGCUUGAUCCUCGAAGCCCUGCCCGGGACAUGGAGCGCAUGGGGGUCAUGACACUGCCCAGUGAUUUGAGGAAACACAGGAGAAAGAUAGCAGCGGUGGAUGAGGAUGGCCGCGAGGACAAGGCCACCAUUAAGUGUGAGACAUCCCCCCCUCCGACGCCACGCACUGUCCGAAUGACACACACACUGCCAGCCUCCUCGCACAACGAUGCACGAGGGAUUGUGGCUUCUUUAGAGGCUGAAGCCAGUGCCCUAAGUAGUGUAGCCAGCAGCCAGGACUCCCUCCACAAGCAGCCAAAGAAGAAGGGCAUUAAAUCCUCCAUCGGACGAUUAUUUGGCAAGAAGGAAAAAGGCCGACUGGCACACCUAGCACACAGACAGGUCAUGGUAGAUCCACAAGCAACAAUGAUGGAUUCAGACAUGGCGGGCCAGGACAUGGGGGUGAGCAAGUUGGGCACUCAGGCUGAGAAGGACCGCAGAUUGAAAAAGAACGGACACGAGCUGCUGGAGGAGGCUAGGAGAAAGGGUUUACCUUUUGCCCAGUGGGACGGUCCUACUGUUGUUGCGUGGCUGGAGUUGUGGUUGGGGAUGCCGGCCUGGUACGUGGCAGCAUGUCGUGCCAACGUGAAGAGCGGCGCCAUCAUGUCGGCCCUAUCUGACACCGAAAUCCAGAGGGAGAUCGGAAUCAGUAACCCUCUACACCGCCUCAAACUUCGCUUGGCAAUCCAGGAAAUGGUCUCCCUCACCAGCCCCUCAGCCCCGCCCACCUCCAGAACCCCAUCAGGCAAUGUAUGGGUGACCCAUGAGGAGAUGGAGACCCUGGCAGCCCCUUCCAAAACGAAGUCAGAGUCUGAAGAGGGCAGCUGGGCACAGACUCUUGCCUAUGGUGACAUGAACCAUGAGUGGAUAGGGAACGAGUGGCUGCCCAGUCUAGGACUACCUCAGUACCGCAGCUACUUCAUGGAGUGCCUCGUGGAUGCCCGUAUGCUGGACCACCUCACCAAGAAGGACUUGAGGGUGCACCUUAAAAUGGUGGACAGCUUCCACAGAACAAGUUUACAGUACGGGAUCAUGUGUCUGAAGAAGCUCAACUAUGACAGGAAGGAGCUGGAGAGACGCAGGGAGCAAAGCCAGCAUGAAAUGAGAGACGUCCUGGUGUGGAGUAAUGAGCGGGUCAUCCGCUGGGUGCAAAGCAUAGGCCUGAGGGACUACGCCAACAUCCUGCUGGAGAGCGGUGUGCAUGGAGCUCUGGUUGCCCUGGAUGACAACUUUGACUACAGCAGCCUGGCACUGCUCCUCCAGAUCCCCACACAAAACACUCAGGCACGUCAGAUUCUGGAGCGAGAGUACAAUAAUCUGCUGGCGUUAGGCACUGACAGAAGACUGGAUGAGUGCGAUGACAAAGACUUCCGAGGCCCAUCGUGGCGGAGGCAGUUCCCUCCCCGGGACAUCCACGGUAUCAGUAUGAUGCCUGGAUCAGCAGAAACGCUCCCUGCUGGAUUCCGUCUCACUGCAACAUCCGGUCACUCCAGAAGACUGCCCCCCGAGGUCCUCUAUGAGGCGCUGGAUGACAGUCCUGACGACAUGUAUUUGGAUUGGUUUCAAGGUCAGCCCAUCUGAAGGUCCUGGGCUUGUUGGCCCUGCGUGUGUUAAUAUUAUUUGUAGUAUUAGUCUACAUAUAUUCCCUCCUCUUUACAUGGUCUCUGCCAACCACUGUCCUGCUGUAUCUCUCCUUUUCUUCGUGGUCUCUCACCCUCGCCUCUCUUUUCUCUUUCUAUAAUUAGCUCUCUUUAAUAUCCAACUCCAAGGGUAUUGUUUUGCAGAGCUGCAAAAUAGAUGUCCUUUCACCCUGGUAGUUAAAAACAAACUAGGGGUCAAGUUAUGGAUUAGGACCCAUGCUUGUUGGUUUAACCCUUGAAGUAAUGAAGCAGCAAAACAAAAAGUGGCUGAGCGGUGCUAUGUAAGUUGGCCUGAAUCAGGAGGUUUACAUAGGUGAACAGUACAAGUUGAAUGUUUUACAAACUAAAACUGACAGUUUGUGCGAUUCCUCAACCCUUUACUGUUAAAAGAGGACUCUGGCUAAAACAGUCUUAAUAUUAAAGGGCAAUGCUGGUUUGUGAAAUUUGGGUAAUCACUGUAGUUUUGUCUUAGUUUGUUUUUUUUAAAAUGGUAAUAUUGUUCUUGCUAAAGAAAUUGCUGAGAUUUGGGAGCAUUAGACUACUACUCUUCCACUACACAGAAAGUUGAACCUCAAUAAAAAUAAUGGAAGUCUGCCAAUUUGAUGACAAACCCUGUAUUUAAGAGAGUGAGAUCUGAAAGCAUAAACUGGGACACAAGUUAAACCUUAAACCACAGAGAUUGACGUAGAUGCUAAAAAAGGACAGAGCUGAACAGAAAGACCCUCCACAGUUUAGCACAGUUCAGACACUGAGCACGGGUGCUGCUUUGCACAGUGGAUUAUCCCCAAAAAACCUACAAAAAAGUUUAAAAGCACUGCAUAAUUCUGCAUUGAUGCUGCAUAGCCAGACAGCUAUAACAUGACUGCAUGUGGUAGCUGUCUGUCACCAGGAGACAGUGUCACAAAUGACUAAUAUAGUCUAAUUUUGUUCAUUUUGGUUAAAGUAAACUCUCUACUGUAAAACUACUUAUUAAACUACCUAAUGAAUGAGUAAUUGUUUGUUUUAUCUUGAAAGGUUUUGGGCUGUUAGGGGAUCAGUUUAAAACCUGUGUGAUCACCACACUGCUCUGAACUACCCUUUGUUGCCGCAUUUCCAUAUCUCAGCAAUUAAAACAACAGUCAGUUGUCACUUUCAGCUAUACGUGACAGCCUUUAUUAGGAAAAUGAGUUCAACUUUUGAGUAUUUUGAGCUCUUGUAAAUAUUAAAACUAUUCGGCUAUACUUUACCAUUAUGGAUGGGCAGAAAUUUGUAUAAGUCAAGGAAAGUUUUGGUAUUUCAGGUCCUACUAAAAAUGAGUAAACUCAAUCUGCUCAUUAAGACUGUACUAUAUAUCCUAUAUGCACACUAUAUAACUCAAGAUCACAAUAAACCAGAAUUAUCCUUUAAAGGAAAUCAUUAUCAAUUAUGCCAUGCAGCUAUACUUGAUGGGAACUCAUCAAAAUAUACUGAUUUUUGGCCAGCGUUCUCUUCUAACAAGGUGUUCCCAAUAACACAGAAACAGCCUUCAUGUGUUCCUCUGUCUCUACUCACUCUGUCCCCUGAUCUGUGAUGUCCACAGCUCACUGAUAUCUAGUCGCUGGUGAUGUCCACUCAAAACAGGAACUUCCUUUGAGUGAUCCAUGACUACUUCUAUGACGGUGUCACUACAAGUAACUGCCAUUGUGUGGAAAAAGGAAGACAAUGCUCCUGCAAUAGAGGAAACUAUAUAGUUUCAGGCCCACAGUGACCACUACCAUGAUCGAAGUUUUUUGACUCUUCCACCUACUGAAUUGGAUGACCUCAAAAGAGCAACCAAUGACUUUGCAUUUUCAUACAAUACUUUGUCUUGCAGUUCUUGCAUGUUAUGCAGCUUUGCACAAUUACCUCAUUGUCAGGUAGAAGUAAAGAUAGAAUCAGAUGCUAUGGCUAGAUCUCGCCCACAUAUGUGAAGGGAUGCAGAGACAAAACAACAUGGUAAAAUAGAAGUGAAGAAUACAACAUGUACGGUACUUUUUUGAAGUUUCUCACGUGACUCCAAAAGCUGUCCACCACUUUGGAUGUGAUACAACCUUAGCCGGGUUCCUGGUUAGUUACUGGGUGAAAUCAGCUGCAAAGAAGUUGCUGCACCAAAAACUUCCUAGUGAUUGUUUUUGGUGGUGAGGGCUGCCUGUAGUUUUCAUUGGUUUUCUGUAAAUAGUCGCUAAGAAUAAU